AUGGGGGUCUCUGCUUUCCAGAUACAAGAAGACAUCAUCAUCUCCAAAAUCAAGGAGGUAACCAAUGGCGAGUGGAUGAUCCUUGUGACCGACACAGAGUCCAAGAGGCUUCUGGACAACACUGUCAAGGAAGAUGACAUCCUCAACAUCAACAUCGCUAAUAUUGAGCGUCUUGAGGAGAAGAGAGACGCAAAUCCUGGCAUGUCGGCUAUAUACCUGCUCUCCCCGCAACAACACAUUGUUGAGACACUUGUGGCGGACCUCGAAAAACAACGGUACCAGCGGGCCCACCUGUUAUGGAUCAACACUCUGAGUCGACGACUGCGAGACCGCAUCGCCUCAAGCCGCGCAAGCAGGUCGAUCGCUGGCGAACACGAGCUCAACAUUGACUUCUUUCCCCGAGAGUCGCACUUGAUCACCUUCCGCGACCCAUACAGCUUUCCCACGCUGUACAACCCGAAAUGCAACGAUCUGGUCAAGGAACAUAUGGAAACGCUGGCCCGCAAGAUCACGGAUGUCUGCGUGUCCCUGGGCGAGUACCCCAAGAUUCGGUACUACAGGCCCAAUGCAGCCCUACACGACGCACAGGUUCUCUGCUACCACUUUGCCAACCUCCUCCAGCAAGAGCUUGACAACUAUGCGCGGAGACACCAGGAAUACCCGCCACCGUCGUCGCGGCCACAGAGCGUCCUCUUCAUAACGGACAGGUCUAUGGACUUGAUGGCACCUUUGCUACACGAGUUCACUUACCAGGCCAUGGCGCACGACCUUCUGCCCAUCAAGGAGGGGGAGAAGGUGACGUACCGCAUCAAGAUCAACGACGGAGAAGAAGAGCAGGACAUGGAGCUGCAGGAGAAGGACGAGACAUGGGUGGAGAACAGGCAUCGGCACAUGAAAGACACAAUUGACACGCUCAUGUCAAAAUUUCAGAAAUUUGUAGCCGAAAACCCAGGUGCCACAGACGACGGAAACCCGGCCAACUUAAACAUGAUCAAGGACAUGUUGGCCAACAUGCCGAAAUACCAGCAGUUGAAGGACGCUUACACCCUGCACCUGGCCAUGGCCGAGGACUGCAUGAAUGCGUUCCAGGCACGCAAACUUCCAGAAAUCCAGUCGGUCGAGCAGUCGUUGGCAACCGGGCUGGACGAGGAUCUUCGCAAAGCAAAGAACCUCUUACCAACAAUUGUGAGGCUGCUCGAUGACGAAUCUGUCCUGCCCAUCGACAGGGAGCGACUGAUCAUCGCAUGGUUGAUUUACCGGUACGGUGUGGUCGAGGAGGACAUCAAGAGGCUUUUGGCUCACGCGCAGCUUUAUGGGGGCGAGCCGAAGAGCGAGAAGCUGGAUAUCAUUCAUAACCUACAGCUCCUCGGAGCUCGGAUACUUGCACCCCUCAAGGACGAAAGAAAAGCGCCAGAGCCCUUGUUUCCUGUCGACACCAAACAAGAACUAAACGAAGAGUAUGGCCUGGUUCGGUAUCAUCCAAACGUGAAGCACAUGCUGGAAUACUUCUGCGAAGGCAGGCUACAGCACGACGUAUUCCCGUACACGAAGCAAGAGGACCAGGAGGCCAUGGAGGUAGGACAGGUUCAGAGCUCGCUACGGGCCGCCAAGCCGAGCUGGGCGAGUCGCACCGGUGCCGGAGCUACGCGACGGCAGGACAACCGCCAGCGACUCAUCGUCUUCAUGGCGGGUGGUGCGACCUUUUCCGAAUCCAGGGCAUGCUAUGAGGUCGCGGAGAAACACAACCGCGAGGUCUUUCUGAUCACCAGCCACAUGGUCUCGCCCAAGUUGUUCCUUCGCCAGGUCCAAGACCUCGACCUCGACAGGAACAGGCUGGACCUGCCGAUGCUCCGCAAACCAGGGCUUCCCAAGUGGGUGACGGAACCCGAGCGACCCACGCCACCUCCUGUGAUGUACUCCCAAGGCGCGCCGGCACCGCCCCCUAAGGGAGGGCCUGGUGGCGGUCUGCCUCCGGGUCCACGGGGAGGCCUUCCUGGACGACCAGGGCCUAUGAUGGCGCCGACACAACAGAUGUCAGCCAUGUCCAUAGCCAGCGCACCGCCCCGUCCCUCGCCCGUUCCGCCGCCGGCCAACGGCGGGGCGAGUAGUGCCAGCUACCACUCGCCGACGGCGAGCUCCGACAGCAACAAGCUGGAGAAGGAGAAGAAGAAGAAGCGCAACAUUUUUGGCAUCAAGAAAUAG